AUGCGUCUAGCAGGUAUAGCAGCUGCACUGCUGCUUAGCUGGGAUACAGUGCAAGCCGAUGAACGCAACUUUAUCGACCACGAUACCUUCGGUGCGGCAAAGGCCCUAUCGGACCAGAUCGUCCUCAAUCCGUCAAUGCCCAACCAAAUGGGAGCAGUGUGGGCAAAGAAAACGAAUGAAUUGAAUUCUUGGAUGGCGGAGAUCAAAUAUCGAGUAAAUGGUCCAGAUCAUGGAGGAAAAGGCAUGGCCAUCUGGUACACUCAGAGUAAGCAGACGCAUGGUGGUCACAUCUAUGGAGGGCCAGAUAACUGGGAUGGCCUCGGAUUGUUCCUGACCGCGGAACCCGAUGGAACAGGCGCCUUGCGCGGUCAUUUAAAUGACGGAACCUUUGCGUUUGCCCGUGCAGAAGCUCCUGAGAAGCACGCGUUCGGAGCUUGCAAGAUUGCACAUCGCAACGUCGGCACCAUCAGUUCCAUCAAGCUGGUCUACAACGUGGCUACAUUCAAGGUUUACCACAAUGACGCACUGUGUUUUGAGAAUACUCAUCUCAGUCUGCCAGAACAUUACUAUUUUGGCGUCUCGAGUCAGAGUGGAGAGAUGCCAGACUCACAUGAGCUUUUUAGCUUCAAUGUGGGUGCUGUUCCCACAGAACACGCGGCUGCGAACAUCAAGCCUGCACAAUCGGCGCAGCAGGGAACGUCUCAAUCCGAGACAAAUCACAUUGAUCAGUCUGGUGUGCAAACCGCCCUGGACGGAUUGCGGCAGGAGCUUGCUCAGCUGAAAACUCAAAUGGCGCAAGUCGAGCAACUGAGGCAGAGCUUGAGCUCCAUGCAAAGCACUCUGCAGCGCACAGAAUCAACAGUCUCGUCUAUACAAGCGUCUGCUGUUGGAAAUUCUGGUACUGCCCACUUGGAGACCACCUUGAAGGAUCUUGCCGCGCAAGUCGCGCGAAUGAAUGACCGAUUCGCUUUGUUGGAGAAGGAUGUGCAAAAGCAGCUCGAGCUGCAUCAAUCUAAGCAAUCAAGUGGAGUCUACGUUCUAAUUGCCGCCCAGGUGGCCAUGUUCGUCCUAUAUGCCAUCUACCGGAAGCGCAGGGAAGAAGCCAAGUCUAAGUUUCUUUAG